UGUCAGCCGGCCAGGGUCGCGGCCGGGCCGCAGUUUGCCGGGCGCCCCACAGCCCCCACCCCCCGGCCGUCUCCUUUCCCUCCCCUCCCCCCCGGGAGGGAGGAGGAGACUCCGCGGCCCUCCCUCGGCCCUGCCGGCGGCGGCCGCAGUCAGCCCCGUGCCCGCUCCGCCCAGCCGCGGCGGGUCGGACGUCCGGAGCUCGAGGGUCCCCGGCCGAGGUGCCAGGAGGCAUCCCCCAUCCCGUGGCCCCAAGAGCAGUGGGUAGAGGUGGUCAUCAUGCACAGUGGUAUCAUAUGCGCCAAAAGUCCCCGGCACCUCCCUUGAGUCCAGCCCAAGUUCAAGCCCGGAGCCUGUGAGCCCCCUUGCACCAUGAGCCACGGGCCGAGCCCGCGACUGGCCGAGUCCCCGCAGCUGUCCAAAGGCAGCCUCCUGACCAUUCUAGGCAGCCCGUCGCCGGACCGAAUGGGGCCAGCAGACUCGCUGCCUCCCACGCCGCCCAGCGGCACGCCCUCCCCUGGGCCGCCCCCCACCCUGCCGCUGCCGCCACCCUCUGCACUGCUUGCAGACGGGGACUGGGAGAGCCGCGAGGAGCUGCGGCUGCGGGAGCUGGAGGAGGCGCGCGCACGGGCAGCGCAGAUGGAGAAGACCAUGCGCUGGUGGUCGGACUGUACUGCCAACUGGCGUGAGAAGUGGAGCAAGGUGCGCGCGGAGCGCAACCGUGCGCGCGAAGAAGUGCGCCAGCUGCGCCAGCGCCUGGACGCACUCACCAAGGAGUUGGCUGGCGCCCGCCGCGAGCGCCAAGAGGUGCAGGGCGAGUGUGAGGCUCGGGGCCGAGAGCUGGCGCGGCUCCGUGGAGCCCGGGGAGCUGCUGACCAGACACCUGAUGGACCCGAGACAGAGCCGGAGCGGGAGCAUGAGCCCGUGCGCGAUGUUGGGUCAGAGAGGCCCCAGAGCAGCCAGGAGCUGGAGCUGGUGGAGAACCUGCUGAAGAGCAGACCAGAAGAGCCCGAGGGCUGCUGGGAGGCACGCAGUGUAGGGGCCGGGGGCCCACGGGGCAGCUCCGGCCGCCAGGAGCGCAGCCGUCUGCCCUGGGAGGACACGGCCGCCAUCGAGGAGGACGCCUCCAAGUUGACGGCCCUGCGGCUGCGGCUGGAUGAGUCCCAGAAGGUGCUGCUCAAGGAACGAGAGGAUAAACUGGCACUGAGCAGGAACAUUGAGAAGCUGGAGGGGGAACUCAGCCAGUGGAAGAUCAAGUACGAGGAGCUGAGCAAGACCAAGCAGGAGAUCCUCAAGCAACUCAGCAUCCUGAAGGAGGCUCACCAGGACGAGCUGGGCCGCAUGUCUGAAGACCUGGAGGACGAGCUGGGUGCGAGGUCCAGCAUGGACAGGAAGAUGGCGGAGCUGAGGGGCGAGAUGGAGCGUCUGCAGGCGGAGAACGCGGCUGAGUGGGGUCGCCGAGAGCGGCUGGAGACCGAGAAGCUGGGCCUGGAGCGGGAGAACAAGAAGCUGCGGGCGCAGGUCGGGGACCUGGAGGAGGCCCUGGCCCGGCGGCGGCGGCAAACAGCCAGCGCGCUGGACUGCGACCUGCGGGCCAGCCAGGCCGCUCUCUUCGAGAAGAACAAGGAGCUGGCAGACCUGAAGCAUGUGCAUGGCAAGCUGAAGAAACAGUUCCAGGAGAAGGUGGCGGAGUUGGCACAUGCCAACCGGCGGGUGGAGCAGCACGAGGCAGAGGUGAAGAAGCUGCGGCUGCGGGUGGAGGAGCUCAAGAAGGAGCUGGCCCAGGCCGAAGACGAGCUGGAUGAGGCCCACAACCAGGCACGCAAGCUGCAGCGGUCGCUGGACGAGCAGACGGAGCAGAGCGAGAACCUGCAGGUGCAGCUGGAGCAUGUGCAGUCCAGGCUGCGCAGGCAGCAGCAGAACGCCCCCCUCUUCGGGAAGAUCCGCAGUGCUCGCUUUGGCACCGAGGAAGCCGGGGAUGGGGCCAGCGACCUGGACGAGGACGAGGACCUGCAGAUCCAGGUGGCCUAGCGCUCCCAGGGCUGGCAGGACUGGCCCAAGGCCACAGGCACCCUGGGUUACCUGGCCGACCAGCAGCUUGAACUGAUGCAGUUGCCUGCGCUCGCUCUGGGAGCGACCCCAGUCCCUGCCAUGAACGACUCAUUUUCUCCCAGGGCAGACAUUGAUGGCCCACUCUCCAAUUGGAAGAGAAGCCAUGGCGCGCGUGUGUGUGUGUGU